ACUCACUAAGCUAGUACUAGAGUAUGCUUAUAAGUGGGUACACAUAAUAAAAAUGAGUCCCAACCAUCUAAUUCUGGCUACACUCCUCGUUGCUUUGUUCGUAGAUCUCUCUUACUCUCAGCCUAUACCCGAUCUUUGCCGUCCCCACGACAAAAAUGUCCUCCUCCGUAUUAAGAAGCUCUUAGGCAACCCCUCCUCGCUUUCAUCAUGGGACCCCAACACUGAUUGUGCUGGUUGGAAUGGAGUUCGAUGCAACAUUGAAGGCCACGUCACCAUGGUUCGAUUUGAGGAAGACCAAGACAUCCACGGCCCAAUACCAUCGUUUUUGGACCAACUUCCAUCCCUCACUAAGCUCUACUUUGACACAGUUCCCAAUCUUUCUGGCCCAAUACCGUCGUACGUCGGUAAGCUCACUAACCUUACUGAACUUACUAUCUCUAGAACCAAUGUGUCCGGCCCAAUUCCAGAAUUUUUGGGCCAGCUUACGAAGCUGACCCUACUCUAUAUCCCAUCGAAUAAGUUUACUGGGCCGAUCCCUAACUUUCUAGGUCAACUCAAGAAAAUGGUUUUUCUCGACCUCUCUUCAAAUCUACUCACCGGCCCAAUUCCUAUUUCCAUAGCCCAACUAACAAAUCUCACAACCCUUGAUUUUAGCUCAAAUAAGUUGUCUGGCCCAAUACCCGAUUUUAUAGCCCAAAAACUCAAGAAAUUAGCAAUACUAGAUCUCAAAUUCAACUCUUUAUCGGGCCCAAUUCCAUCAUCUUUGGGCUUUAUGCCUGGACUCCAAUCACUUGGGCUUGUCGGUAACCAAUUAAGUGGGCCAAUCCCAAAAUCAUUGGGCCGUGGUAAUUUACAUUUUAUUUACCUUAGUCAAAAUAAGCUCACAGGGGAUGCUGCUUUCUUGUUUGAAAAGACUAACACCAACAUUCUUACUAUAGAGGUAGGAUACAACCUUUUGAGGUUUGACUUCACUAAAGUGGACUUGACUCCAAGCUUAUUGGGCUUCAACAUUAGCCACAAUAUGAUAUAUGGAUCUCUCCCUAAACGAUUCGGCCUAUUGCGGCCAGAUUCUAUCGAUGUGAGUUAUAAUCAACUUUGUGGCCCAAUACCGAACGGUCGACGUUACAAACGGGUUGACCCGAUCAUAUUUGCCCAUAAUAAGUGCCUUUGUGGUGGCCCAUUUCCUGGUUGCAAGUAACCAUGUAUCAAUGUGUUGGAAAGUUGAAGUGAUUUAAGGCUUUCUUCUUUAGUUGGUUAUUUUUAACAAAGUUUGCAAUUGUGUAUGAAUGUAUGAUUAUCUAGUGUUGUAAUAGAAAGUUUGUUCAUUUAUCUAAUCGUAGUUCAAAUGGCUAAUUAAAUGA